CAGAGAGCAUGCUGAGGAAUAAGGAAGGGGAGUGACCAAGUUGGGGGGAGGAGUCUCUCUUUCCAUGACAUAUAUGAGCCCCCUUUAUGAUGCUGGUGUGAGGGCAGAAUUGUCUCUUUUGCUCCUGAAAUCAGCAGGCUAUGUCAAGUAUGUUUCCAGCUCCCUUUGGUGAAUGAGGCCGUAAUGGCCCUGGACAGAGCCGCCCUGCUCUUCCCACUGCUGGCAAUGGUAGUGGUGGGGCUGGUCUCAUCAGAGUCUGCAGCAGAGAAGUUUCAGCGGCAACAUGUGGACUCAAAAAGCUUAGCCUUCAAUGACAAUACUUACUGUAACCAGAUGAUGAAAAUCAGGGGUAUGACAAAAGGGAAUUGCAAGGUAUUCAAUACCUUCAUAUUGGAGUCUAUCUGGAAGAUCCGGGCUAUCUGCUGGAAUAAAAAGACCGCAUGCAAGCAGAAAUUCUUUAACUGCCACAUGAGCCGUGAACCCCUCAAGGUCACUGAAUGCCAAAUAAAGGGCAACCCCAAGGACUCUCCAUGCAAGUAUCAGACUAUAAAUGACAAGAAAUGUGUCACUGUGGCCUGCAACGGGUGGCCCCCUCUGCCUGUGCAUUUUGAUUCUUCAAAAGAUGAUAUUUGCCAGAGACUUCCCACCACCUAAUACUUGUCCUUCUCAACUAACCUUCCAACUCCCAGGCCCUGGGUCCAUACUCUGUGAUUAGAUACUGCUCCAAGAGUCACCUCUACUUUGGGGGCACUUGCUGAGACACUUAGAGAAAGAGAAACCUUGAGAUCCAUCCCUUCUCUGAUGCUACAAGUAAAACAUACCUGUUUAGAGCUGA